AUGUCAACGGCAGAAAAUAAUAGAAAUCUAGGAUUAAAUCACGGAACAAUGAUGGGUGACUAAUUCGAUUCAAUGCUCAGAGACUAAGACGGAUUACUUGCUGAUAUGGACUAGUAGCUCCUCCCUAAGAUAGAGGAAUUGCUUUCUUAUCACAUCGAAGAGUAAGGCUUGGAAUGUCAAAAUCUUGAGCUAAACCCAAUAUUUCAAAAAUUAAGACUCAGAUUGAGAUAGUUUUAUUUCCAAGCAGAAGAAUAUCGAAGAAAUGGUCCAAGUUAACUCAAUUAAAAUCAACUAUAAAAGAAUAAAGUUGAUUUUUCUUACAAAAUUCAGUUACAUCGAGGAUUGAAACGACUAUUAAGAGAAGUAGUUAUUACAAAAGACAAGCAUUUGUAAUUGACGAAUUUAGGAAAAGUGUAUACAUGGUACUUUUAAAAGUUGGAGUCAAUCGGACAGAUGUCAUCAUAAGAAAAAGAUGAAGAAGAAAUAUUUUUAAAUCCAGGAAGAAUUGAAGAGAUUCAGAGACGCAAUGAAGAAAAAUAAACAUAAAAAAGAGAGAAACUGCUAAACGAGAAUUAUAUUGAGUAGAAGUAGAAGAAAUUUUUCGAAGAUGGGGAGAGAACAGUCCAUUAAGACAUUCUCCCUGCUAAAGACAGAAUUGGAGAAUACAAAACUAAGAGUUUUGGAAAACUUUUCCAAAAUAAGCUAGAAGAGAGACCUAUGAGUGCAUAUACAAGUAAUGCAGCUUUAGGAGAUGCAACUACUUAAGCUCAAUCUGUAUUUGAGGAGGAUGAAAAAUCAGUCAAGUCUCAUCCUUUUAAAAAUUUCUAUACAACUGGUGAUCCUGUAGUUUUCAAAACAUAAAAUAGAUUUGAAGGCAAGUCAAAUUUCCAUAACUAUUUCCCAACAAAUGAUAUGACUGAGUAAAAAAUUGAAAAAAUUUGGUUUCAAAACAAAAAUCGCCUCUUGAUUGAAAAAAGAAGAGAGGAAGAGUUAAAGUAAACAAUGAAAGAAUGGAGCAAUGCAAAGUAAAGAAUAGAAUCUGAAAUUCAAAGGAAAAAGGAGCACAAACUUUAUGCAAACAACUUUGAGGCACGAGGAUAUGUUAGGACUAACUGGAAAACUAAAAACUUUAAUCCUGAGAGUAACCCAUUAGAAGAGGAUUCAUCUAGUGAUGAGUCAGAUGAUGUUCAAAUACUUUCUGAUAAUGAAGAUGCAAUUGUAAUAAAUAAAGGCAAGUAAAGCUUGAGAAGUAGAGAAGAUUAAGAAGAUGAUGAUGAGUACGAUGAUGAGUAUGAUUAUGUAAAAGAUGAUGAAGAAUAUGAUGACUAUGAACAAUAAAACAAGAUGAAUCAAAUGAAAUAAGCCAAAGAUAAUUAGCAAAGAAGUCUCAAGAGUGCUCAUCCAAGAAUGAGAGGGUCAUAGGGCUAAUUAGAGGCUAAAUAACCAAGCUUACAUGAUCUUACUAAGGAUCAAGUUGGGUAUGGUAUAAGACCGUCAACAGCUAUUCAGAUAAAACAACUUGAAAUGAUUCAAGAAUAUAAUAAGUCUCUACCUAAAAGGAAGAAAAAUUAAUCAUUACCUUUAAUCUAAGCUCAUAAUAUUGGAACAAAGAGCAUUAUAAAAAAAGACCACAAAAAAUAAACGGUUGAAGAAAUAAUUAAGUACAAUGCUAUUGGUGAGAUUGAUGAUCAACUUGAUUCAAAAGAAGCAUAAGGUAGCAAGUUUUAAAUGCUUGGUAAGGUGAGAAAUAUGAAAAUAUAAUCUGCUAAAUAAAGAAUAGAAACUCUCAGAAAAUAUAAAGGUGAUUUGAUAAAUGCAGUUCCAAAUUUUACUGAGGAUAGCUUAGAUAAUGUAUUUGUUAGUUCUAACAAAGGAAGCGAUGCUUAUUCUCUUUCAGUUUAUAAUAGAGCAGAUAAAUAUACUAGGCCAUAAACUGCUCCUACAUAAAACAAUUGGUUUAAAGGAAUGUAAAAGCUUUAGCCAGUUGCAGAAGAAGAGGAACAUCCUGUAGAACCUGAUACAAGACUUCCAGAAUUUAAAGUACCACCAGGGUUAUAGGCUUUAUCAAGAGGAGCUAUUGAUGGAUAUAGAUUAGAGCAAGUAAGUGAGAUUGAAUCUAUUAAAGAGAGACUGGCUAGAGAUGGUUUCCCUCAAAGUAUGGUGGUUCUUCAAAGAGCAAUUCUAAUGCCAACUGAUGUAGAAUACGUCCCAGGUUAAAGAAAGUAUCCUAGUCCUGGCGAUGCACUCAUGAUUAAUCCUUUCCCAAAAAAGAAGAAGAAGAAGGGUAAAAAGAAGAAGGGCAAGAAGAAGAAGUGA